UAUUGGGAUUUGAACCUCUUCUUAACUGUAUAAAUACAGGUAGAUAUGUGAGGUGUUAGACUGAACAGGAUCAUCAAGCAAUCAUGAAGUCUUUGGUUUUACUUUUACUUGUUGGAGUUGCAUUUGCUCAGAUGGAUGUCUCCAUUAUUGGUGGAAAUGAGUGUGAGCCGCAUUCUAAGCCCUGGCAGGCGUUGGUGAUUUCCAGCGUUGGCCAAUGUGGUGGAUCCCUGAUCAAUGAGAACUGGGUUGUGUCUGCUGCCCAUUGCUACAGAUCAAGCGAUGGUGAUAUAGAGGUGAGUCUGGGUAAGCACAAUAUUGCGAUUCAUGAGCAUACCGAGCAGAUCAUUCUCUCUGAACAUGCCAUCCCUCACCCCAAGUAUAACGGUCACACGCUUGACAAUGACAUCAUGCUGAUAAAGCUGAGCGAACCCGCUACCCUCAAUGAGUAUGUUCAGCCUGUGGGUCUGCCCACCUGCUGUCCUCCUGCUGGUACCAUGUGCAACAUCUCUGGUUGGGGAAUGACCAAUAUCACCACUAAGGAAGUUCCUGAUAAGCUGCAGUGUUUGGAGGUUUCCACUGUCUCUGAUCGUGACUGUGACAAUGCCUACCCAGGCAUAAUCACGGAGUCAAUGUUCUGUGCUGGAUAUCUGGAGGGAGGAAAGGGUGCUUGCUAUGGUGACUCUGGCAGUGGACUGGUGUGCAAUGGUGUACUACAAGGUAUUGUGUCGGCAGGUGGCAUUUGUGUCGGGGAAAAUGAGCUUGGUAUCUAUACCAAGGUCUGCAUAUUCAACACCUGGAUCACUGAGACUAUAAACACAUACCAAAAUUGAUUCUAACUUUAUACUUUCAACAAGGUCCAUUUAAAUGAAUUGGCAAUGGAUUCUACGUGCAUAAUAAAAUAACUGUAAGC